GGCGGACCAGCUUCCGGCAGCCGGUGCCGCGUGUGCUCCUCGGUUUCCGGCCGGUUGUGGGUCUCCGCCGCGGAGAUGGGGAAAGUGAGGGGUCUGCGGUCCCGGGUGCACAAGGCUGCCGUGAGGCCCACGGGGGAGGCCGCGCUCGGCCCCGCGCCCCCCGCCCGGGAGGCGGCCUCUCUGCAGGCCUCGGCUGGCGGAGUCGGGGGGAAGGAGUGGGCUUUCACGAAUGCCGGUGUGUUUGCCGGGACCACGAUAGACCCCGGUGCCUUGGUGCAGAAGCUGGACGUGGAUGCGAGGAGCCUCGCCUCCGUCAGGAGAGGUGCCAAGGCCAAGGCUGUUUUGCCCAAGAAGGAGAAGCUGAAGCUGAGGCGCGAGAGGUGGCUGCAGAAGAUCGAAGCCACGAGGCUGGCAGAGCAGAAGCUCAAGGCGGAGCGGAGGCGCAGGGCCACGGUGGUGGUGGGGGACCUGCAGCCCCUGAGGGACGCCCUGCCCGAGCUGCUGGAGCUGCAGACGGCUGGCCAGCGGUCCUCUCAGCUGACAGCAGGGACAUACGUGUGUGUCCUGACCCAGCAGGGCGGCCAUCAGGCCCCGGGCAGCCCAGCUGAGCCGGAUGAGCGCGGCGCAGAGGUUCCAGCUCCUCGAGGAGGAAAGGACGCGGUUUCGGGAGCUGCUGGCCAGCCCGGCCUACAGAGCCAGCCCCCUGCAGGCCAUCGGGCGGCAGCUGGCCCAGCAGAUGCGGCUGGAGGGCGGCGGGCAGUCCUGACGCGGCGUGGGUGCGCCUGAGCUCCGGGGACGCCCACGAGGAGGUGCCCGGGGGGCCAACUCUGCCAUUGUCGCCCUGCUCCACCAGCCCCUAAGCGACGGGGCUGCUGUCCUCGGCACAGGCGGGUCUACCGAAGUGAGACAGGCGGUUGACACGGUAGUGUCGUGACUACCCAUUUAUUUUUGCAAUAAAAAAGGUGCUGGAAGGAUCCAGGAUGUCCGUGGAGCUCGGUGCCGGCCACCCAGGAGGUGGUGCGGCCACUCGGCUGGCGUUCUUCACGCUUUUCUGUUUUGUCUGAGUUUGUCAACAGUGACUGCACGUUAUGUGUCAUUUGAAGAGAAAAACCUUCUGGCUUCCUGGUGCUCCCGUGGCUCCGGGCUGACCAUGCUGGACGUGGCUCUGCCCGCUUCUCCAGAUGCCCUCCGUCAGGGCCCCCGGCCUCUGCCCGGGCCCCAGGGGCUUCCCCUCGGCUGUGCCGGGGGGCAUGGGGGGAGGGAGGACGGCGAGGCGCGGUGCCAGCCUGGCGCCGCCGUCCACCGCGGCGGACUCGGGCCCCAACCCGGAAAGUGGCCUGAGAAGUUGCAAGCGUGUGGGGACGCCGCCCUCCCCCCAGCAGAGAGCCCUGACGUCAGGCAGGCGCAGGUGGGGUGGUGAAAGCAGGAGGGCGGGUGGGAGAGACCCCGCCAGCCUGGGAGCCUGCUGGCUGUGGUCUCGGAGCCGGAGGGACUUCCACGUUCACAGCCCUGUGGUUUUAAUCUUUGCAGAAUGAACUUGGACUAUCUGGUAAUAAAAUUAAGUGACAAACGGUUC